UUCCCGAGCGUUUUACAUUUUAAACUAACAAUUUCAAGUAGACUAAAAAAAAAACAAAAAAACAGUACAUUAUAUGCAAACAAAAUAUAUUACAAGAGUAAAAUGUCUCUCGUCUCGGUGUGUCUUUCGGCAAAGGCCUUCUCCAACUGUUUCCACGGCUUUCUCUCUUCUGCUACGAUAAUCUGAAGGGGUCCAGAGGUAAUUUUUAGUUUGUCUUCCCACCUUCUUGGUUUGCGACCUCAGCUCCUCGCAACAUCUCUUGGGUACCAUACUGUUAUCUGUUUGGUCAAUUUUUCUUUUUUGCAGUGGAGCAUAUGGCCUGUCAAUAGAGAUGCUAUUUGAGUUGAUCAAUAUGUGACAGGAUGACUGUUAAUUUCGUUUUGCGCUUGAUGUCUACACUUGUGACUUUGUCCAUUAGUUUCAAGCCCACCAUGCUCCUUUCCAUACUCCUUUGACAUCUUGCUAGUUUGUCCCUAUAUUGUUUCGUCAAAGCCCAGGUUUCGCAACCAUAUGUGAUGUAGGGUAGGAUACAGGUAUCAAAUGUCUUCUUCUUGAUCUUAAUGCCCAAUUCCUGGGUUUUCAUAAUUUCUUUCAAGGCUCAAUAUUGUUCCCAUCCAGUUGCAAUUCUUUUGUCUAUUUCUUUAAGCAUUUGGUCAUUGUGUGAUAUUAUUUGGCCAUGAUAUAUACAUUCCUCUACAUAAUUGAGAUUUCUCUCCAUUGAUGGUUAUAUUUAAUGGGUAUUGAAUUUGUCAUCAUUCUAGUUUUGUUCGAUUACUUAGUCGAGUUAAUUAAUUAAAAUUAUUGGGAUUAUUAAAUACCUAUGUACUUAUGUUCACGAAUGAUUUCCGCGAUGAAGGCAUAACAUCGUGCAAUAAAAAUCAAACCCGCAAAAUUAUAAUUUGCCUAAUGACUAGUGAUAGACCAUCCUGCUGAUUUCCUGCAGUUUGUAGAGUGGGACUGACGUUAUUCUAUACAAUUCAGAGUAAGAUCUCGUAUCUCUAGUUGGAUGUCGGCAUUCAUGCUGUAAUGUCCAUAGGCUCCAACAACAUAACCACCUAACAUCACACAUAAAAAAAUGGCAUCUAUGGCAUCUAAAUUCUAAGACAAUAAAAUAAAUUUGCUCAUCAUAGACACACCGAGAUCCAGAGAUAAUUUUAUUAAACUAUUUAAGCCUUUUCCCGUUCUUGUAGCAAAACCUUCAUAAGCGUAAUUUUAUAUUGACAGCUGAUAUUUUUGAAGGGUUUGAUUUGAUUGUCGUUUUUGCGUACCAAUCAGUGGUACCAAUUAAAAAAGUCUUGUCUUGCUUGUUCCUUUACAAUAGGAACCAUUAAUUCUAAUACUAAUUCUUUUUGUUUCAUAAAUUACAAAUUUGUUUAUUAAUAUCAUGUCUUGCAUUUUUCGACGAUGCAUGUGUACCGUUGGACUCGCUAAAAAGCCCCCAAUACCAGUAUUUGGUGUUGAAGGGCGGUAUGUAUCAGCACUCUAUAGUGCGGCUGCACAAAAAAAUCAAUUGGAUGACGUCGAAAAGCAUUUGCAAAUUUUGAAUAAAGAACUUUUGAAACCAAAAAUGGUUGAUUUCAUCGAAACCUGUGUAAUUAAUUCUGCAGCGAAGGCAAAGAUGUUGAAACAGGUUGCAAAUGAAGCUGGAAUGCCAGACACCGCCAUAAACUUUCUAGAGCUUGUAGCUGAAAAUGGACGUUUAAAGCUUCUGAGAAAAAUGAUCAACAAGUUUCUUGCUGUUAUGAUAGCGCACAGAAAUGAGGCAUUAUGUGAAGUAAUAACUGCACAACCACUUGAUGAUAGUACCAGAAAAAUCCUUAUGGAUGCCCUUAAAAAGUUCGUAAAGGAAGGCAAGAAUAUACAAUUGACAGAGAAAGUGGAUCCAUCUAUUAUGGGAGGCAUGAUCGUGGGAAUUGAAGAUAAACACAUAGAUAUGAGUAUAGCGAGAAAAAUUCAAAUGUACACUGAUAUUCUGAAACAGUCUGUUUAAUAUUAUCGUAUUCAAAAUGGUACAAAAUAAAACAAUAACUUAGUUCAUAAAUUACGCAGUGGUUAUAAAUAUUUAAACGAUGGCCGUAUUAGUGCCACUGAAACC